UGUGUGCGCGGUCAGAGUUUUGGCUGCGCUGACUCGUGCUCAGUACUCAACUGACAGUGACAAGACUGAAAGAGUAUCCUAGAAAAACAGCGCCGCUGGCGAUGGGCUUUAGGAUACGUAGACAAAGCCAACAUCCAGCAGGGUAGUGACAAUUCAUUGCAAGGUUCUUUAAGGUUUGGGCUUUAAGUGCGGGGAGCAGCUGGGGUAAAUCUGCUUAGGCUGCAUCAUUGAAUGCUAUGUAAACCGGUGUCUGCAAGAAUUGUCUGGUUAAGGGAACUUAGAAAGGAUGGCCCCCUCGUCGAGAUCAGCAUCGUUUUCAUCUGCUGCUGACCCUCGAGAUCCAAGCGCUGCGGUCCCAUAUAAAGCACCCAAGAUCAAGGAGGAGGACCUGCCUCCGAGCUGGUUCGGGCUCCUUGCGAUUCUAACGGGGGUUUUCGGCAUUCUGAUUCGGAUGAAAAUCUUUACGUGGAUAUCCUUCUUCUUCUCCGCGGCAGCCCUUGCAAACAUAAGGUACAUGGAGCAGGAGAUGAAGCAAAUUAUUCCAGGGAUCUCGUUUGGCGUCAUGGGCAUUCUCAUGAACUACUUUAUGAGGCCUCCAGGUCAGGCGGGUUGACACGAGUUGCAAAGUAAGACAGACACUAUGUCAGACACUAACCACGAACGUGCUCCUUACAAAGUUGUUUCUCCGAGCAUCGUCAUGGCAUGAAGAAUCGGAGACUGGCCUCAAUAGAAGAAAAAGCAUACGAUGCACUUGCUUGUAUGUUUGAAUACUCAAGCUUGUGUGCCUGCAGAUAUUGAACGGCCAAAUGGUAUUAUUUGUGGUCCUUUCAAGCUCUGGCAACACUGAGAGAGGCUGUUAUG